AUGCCUCCAUCCAAGUGCAUGGACGGAGACAUCGCCGUGCCUCCAUCCACUUGGAUGGAGGCAAACCAUGCCUCCAUUACUUGGAUGGAGGCACCAUGCCUAGGCAUCAAGUGGAUGGAGGCAUCAUUUGUUUUACCAGAACUUGGCCACCAGAACUCUGCCCAUCUCUUCGCUCCUCGAUCAAAUUUUGAAGCUUCUGAGGCAAAUCAUUCUCCACAAUCAGUUGGUUUGGACGAGGAUAAUGCUCAUAAACAGCGUGAUAAACAAACACCCAGAGUCCAUCAUCAAAAGCAACGUGUUUUUGACUACCCAAAUGUAUAG